AUGGAGGGUAAAGCUCAGGCUCGGUAUGGUCCUACAGAAGGAGAGGAGCAAAGUGUCCCUGUUCUCACCACCAAGAAGGCUGUCAGUUCCUGGGUACACCUUCUUGCGGGCGCGAGCGGCGGAAUGGCUACUGCGAUAGUAACUUCGCCUCUUGAUGUCUUACGAACACGUCUUCAGUCCGACUUUUACCAACCACAAAAUAGGGGCUCCGAUGCCUCCUCACGCCCUGUUCAACGAUCAAAUCAUAAAACGCUCCGGAUUAUCAACUCCAUCUAUCGUGCUGAAGGAUGGCGGGCUUUCUUUCGAGGCCUCGGUCCAAGCAUGGCGGGUGUAGUCCCGGCGACCGCGAUCAAGUUUUACGUAUAUGGCAAUUGCAAACGCGUUGGGGCUCAACUCAUGGGACACACGGAAGACUCCGCUAUGGUCCACGCUCAAGCCGCAAUCUGCGCAGGUCUCGCAACUUCUACGGCAACGAAUCCAAUAUGGCUUGUCAAAACACGACUACAACUUGACAAAACACAAACAAACACCGGUGGUCCUUCGGCUCGUCGAUAUCGCAAUAGCAUUGAUUGCAUCCGGCAAGUCAUGCGGACUGAGGGGCUAGGUGGCUUUUACAGAGGAUUGAGCGCCAGCUAUCUGGGCUCGAUUGAGACGGCUCUACACCUGGUGCUCUAUGAACAGUUGAAAACUCGGCUCAAUCAAUCAUUAGAAGCUACCGAGGGACCACGGACUCCCUUCUGGAACGAAGUUUUCCAUUGGGUUAGUACUAGUGGUGCCGCGUCUUCCGCUAAGCUGGUGGCAGGUCUAAUGACAUAUCCUCAUGAGGUUAUCCGAACACGAUUACGCCAGGCACCUGUGGAACAUGGCCAGCCCAAAUACACCGGCCUAGUACAAUGCUUCCGUACUAUCGCCAAAGAAGAAGGUAUGGCGGGCCUGUAUGGAGGCCUCGCUCCCCACAUGCUCCGUUCUUUGCCCUCAGCUAUCAUCACGCUUGGCGUAUAUGAAUUUGUGCUGAGGGUUACUGGUGCUUAG